AAUUGUAGUAUUAGUCUUCCUUUUAGGAUUCAACCUUUAAGAUUUAACUCAACAAUAUGCCUAGAAAGCCCUCCUCAGAAUAAUAGUUAUGAUGUAGAUGUGGGAUUUAUUACCUUUUCAAACUGCUCUUUUACCAUUAGUAAAACUUCAUCCCUCUGCCCCGCUCCUGGACAAGUUUUUAUAUGUGGAGGAAACAUGGCCUUCACGGCCUUGCCUAUCAAUUGGACCGGGCUAUGUAUACAAGCUAUCCUCCUCCCUGAUAUUGACAUUGUCCCAGGAGAUGAGCCCGUCCCCCUGCCCUGCCUUGAGUAUAUUAGCGGCCGCAGUAAGCGCGCGGUUCAGUUCAUCCCCCUACUCAUAGGUCUAGGAGUCACAGGAGCCGUGGCCACCGGCUCAGCAGGUCUAGGAGUAGUGGUCAACUCAUAUGUUAAACUUUCUAAUCAGCUGAUUGAUGAUGUUCAAGCCCUUUCCGGAACCAUCAAUGACCUUCAGGAUCAAAUAGACUCCCUAGCGGAGGUUGUCUUACAGAAUAGAAGAGGCUUAGACUUACUCACAGCAGAACAGGGAGGGAUAUGCUUAGCCCUACAGGAACGUUGCUGUUUCUACGCCAACAAGUUUGGAAUCGUCCGAGACAAAAUCAAGAAACUAUAGGAAGACCUGAUAAAGCGGCGGAAAGAACUGUUCGAGAACCCUCUCUGGAGCAGACUAAACGGACUUCUCCCCUACCUU